AUGUACUUCUCUCUGAACUGGGUGAGAAACUACUCCCAAGUAGGCCUCUCUGGCUCCAUUGCCAACUCUACAGUCUCCUACCACUCUAUUGUGUCACCCUUAAGCAUGGAGGUGAUGAACUCUAAGUUACACACUGGGGGUGAGAUACAACUGUCUGAGGGUACAGAGCAUCUCUUUGAGCCACUUAUCCGCACUAAUACCACUUAUUCUUGGUUCUCUAUGCGAUAUAAUGCGGAUGGACUCAAGAAUUUUGGUAAAAUGGUCCUGAACUAUCUGCAGCAAUCAUCAAACAUCGAUCGAGAAAUGGGGGUACAUGUAGAUGAACUUUCGAAACAAUUGAAUGCUCCCAUGGCAAAGAUCAAGGAUGCUAUUGAGUUCCUCGAGAGGGAAGGUUUAGUUUACUCCUCUAUUGUUGAUUAUCACUACAAGGCUGUAGGUGGUCUCUAGCUCUAAAUAGCAUAGCUUAGUUUAGCUUGGAACUGGGUGUUAAACUGGAUUUGUAGUCACUGAAACGGAUGCUAUUCAUCAUAGUUU